CCAAUUUACAUUGAAGCUGGUUGGCACUCCGGUGACGUACUUCCGCCCCCCAGCUGUGUUUACACACACACACACAGAGAGAGUACUGAGUGGAUGUGGUGAGUGUUCCUGACCCGCACAGCAGGGGGAUCCAGAGUCAUCCAGGGGAGUUCUGCAUCCAGACUGCAGCCAUGAAGGGACCGAAUACCGAAAUCCUUGAAGAAGAACAUGCAGGGUCAGAUGAAGAGGAGAUCCCGGCACACCUGAGAGAUGAGCCUCCUUCAGAUACAGAAAAGGAUCACCCAAAUCCACCAGCUGGAGUGAUCUGGAGGGUGACGGGAGGACUAUUCAGCAUGACACGAGGGGCCGUUGGAGCCACGCUAGGAGGAGUUGCAUGGGUGGGCAGCAGAAGCUUUGAGCUGACGAAGACCGCAGUGACCAGCGUGCCGGCAGCGGGAGUUGGACUAGUCAAAGGGGGGAUGUCCGUAGUAACAGGUGGAGUCGGGGCUGUAGGCUCCGCGGUCGCCAGUAAAGUCUCCUUCACCCCAAAGAAAAAGGACAAAUUUGACUAAAUGAGAAGACUCGCCACUUCACCCUUCCUAAAUCUGCUUGCGUCCCGGCUAAAACCAGCAAGAAGACGCCCUUCUUCAUCCUGCCAAGGCCCCGUGCUUUCAGUGCAUUAAGCAUCUGAUUCAUAGGUCUCGGAAGAGCCCAGAGCCCCAGUAUUUUAUCCUGUAAGGGCAAAGCUGUGUGCAAUAGAUUCAGAGCAGAGAGGUAGAUGUCACGACGGGUAGAAUGAGCGUAUAAUAUGACGUCUGAUAUCUCAGCGUCUGCUUUAUUAUUUGUUUCCGAGGAUGCCUUGUUUUUCAAAUCGUUCCUGGAAUCCCUACCGCACAACAAGAAUUACCCUGGCAAACAACAAUGAGACGGGGCAACCAGAAGCACCUAAGCAGCUUCAAAGAACCUACCCCAAUCUUCUUGAAUGAAAUAAAAAAUAUAUACAACCUAAAAUAAUGGGUUCCUGGUUUGAACGUCUAGUUGAUUAACAGACGGUGUGAUGAAAUCUCAGAUCUUCUGUUAAAAAUACUUUGUGGCUAAUGAACGAAUACUGUUAACGGGGGCAGUGGUGGUAAUUACGGACCAUCGCUGCUGACACACAUUGCUAGUGAGCCUGGCUGAACUCGGUAUGGAAACAAAUUAAAUUCCAAGAGAGUUAGUAUUUUUAAUUAAUUUUUUUUUCUAUAGCCUCACUUUCUCAGCUGAGCUUCUGAUCCGGGUUCCGAACCCUGAAUUUAAUCUGCAUUUAAUCUAUAAUUUGAUUGAAUUAUUUCUGUCCAAUUCAUUUCGCACGUCCUGAUACCCUCAGAACGCAUCGAAGAAAGCAAAGUGAUGUUAGGACAGGUGAAAGAAUCAUUAUAAAGAA